GCUGACGUCAACCAUCAGAAUGAUCGCUCGUUCAUAUCCGGGUCCCCGGCCGGCUUCCCCGGGCCGCGCUCGGACACGCUCGGCAGCAGAGCACUGAGGGGGAGCGGGCAGGAUAGGGCGACCGCCCAUACGUCCGGAGGCGGCUGGCAGCGGCGAGUCGGCAUGCACAGAAUGCCCGCCACCUCAGUGGAGCCCGCCUACUCCCGCUGCUCCCCAUGGAGAUCGCGCUGGUGACUCUGGAAAACGGCGGUGGCGGGGCCAUCUCGGCCGGCGAGGAUGCCACGGCCGGCAGCUUCGGCGGUAGCACCGGGGCUUGGCGACAGCGCGAGCUACUCCGCCUCGCGGGGUCCACGUCUGUCGCAAGACUGAGCGACGGCAAGGUGGGUACGCCACCGGCCUCAUCGCCGCCGCAGGUGGACGAGGAGCGGGAGAAGUCCCCACCGGUCCUCCGAGGAAGCGGCAGGAGGCUCUGCAGCAGCAGUGAGGGCAGCAUCAACGUCCGAGCGGCGUCCGGACCACUACCGCAGCCACAAGCUCUGCGCCUCCGGCCGGCUGCUGAAAUGGAUCUCGCGGAGGAGGGGGGUCACCACUGGGGCAUAACCAUGGCAGCGGCCGGUGAGGAGGAGGAGAUGAAAGCAGUGAGCCGGGGCGCCAUGCACCAUCAGCGGGUUCUAAUCAACAUCUCUGGGCUGCACUUCGAGACUCAGCUGGGCACCCUCAACCAGUUUCCUGACACACUGUUGGGAGAUCCUGAUAAGCGUAUGCGGUAUUUUGACCCGCUCCGUAAUGAAUACUUCUUUGACCGCAACCGGCCCAGCUUUGAUGGCAUCCUCUAUUUCUACCAGUCUGGGGGCAAGCUUCGGCGGCCUGUCAAUGUCUCCAUUGAUGUCUUUGCUGAUGAGAUCCGCUUCUACCAGCUGGGCAAGGAGGCCAUGGAGCGUUUCUGGGAGGAUGAGGGUUUCAUCAGAGAGGAGGAGAAGCCCCUUCCCCACAGUGAGUUUCAGCGCCAGGUCUGGCUCAUCUUUGAGUACCCUGAAAGUUCCAGCUCAGCCCGGGCCACUGCCAUUGUCUCUGUGUUGGUGAUCCUUAUCUCCAUCAUCACCUUCUGCCUGGAAACUCUGCCUGAGUUCAGGGAUGAACGAGAGAUACCUAUGUCUUUGCCCUCACAAACUGGGGGUUUGAACUCCACAGCUGGAGACACUCCAUCCAUGCAGUCACCAAGUAACCUCUCUGACCCCUUCUUCAUCAUCGAGACCACUUGUGUCAUCUGGUUCACCUUUGAGCUCCUUGUGCGUUUCUUCACCUGCCCCAGCAAGCCUGAGUUCUCCCGCAACAUCAUGAACAUCAUUGACAUCGUGGCCAUUAUCCCCUACUUCAUCACCCUGGGCACAGAAUUGGCCAAUGAGCAACAGCAGCCUGGGGGUAGCAGCAGCAAUGGGAGUGGGGGCCAGCAACAAGCCAUGUCCUUGGCCAUCCUCAGAGUCAUCCGCUUGGUCAGAGUCUUCAGGAUCUUCAAGCUUUCCAGGCACUCCAAGGGGUUGCAGAUUUUGGGACAGACUUUGAAAGCCAGCAUGAGAGAGCUGGGCCUCCUCAUCUUCUUUCUCUUCAUUGGAGUGAUCCUUUUCUCCAGUGCUGUCUACUUUGCUGAGGCUGAUGAUCCUGAGUCUCAUUUCUCCAGCAUCCCUGAUGCUUUCUGGUGGGCUGUGGUGACCAUGACCACUGUGGGCUACGGGGACAUGCGACCUGUUACUGUGGGGGGCAAGAUUGUGGGCUCCUUAUGUGCCAUAGCUGGAGUGCUCACCAUUGCCCUGCCUGUCCCUGUUAUUGUGUCCAACUUCAACUACUUCUACCACCGAGAGACUGACCAUGAGGAUCAAUCUAUGCUCAAAGAAGAACACAGCAGUGCUCAGGGCAGCGUAACUGGGGUAGAUGGAAAGAGAAGAACCAGUAAAAACUCUCUGAACAAAUCUGUUGUGCACUUGGAAAAUAAUGAAGGGUUCAAAAGCAGCACCAGCCCUUUAGAGAAAAACAGUAUCAAAGCUAAAAGUAAUGUAGAUCUCAGAAAAUCACUCUAUGCCCUCUGUUUGGACAGCAGCAGGGAAACAGACCUGUAAGGAAAGGAGAGAAUUGUAGUUAAAAGAUGCAGCAGAAUUUGUUGGUGUCAGAAACUUGCUACUUUAUCUAUUUUCCUACCAGUUAUUUUGUUGCUUGGUUUUUCAUUUUUUUGCUUUAAAUCAGGCUAUAUUUUAUAAUUUGAUCAUUGUCCUGAGCAGUCCUCCAGAAAUAAAUGUUUUUAUAUUCUUUUUCCAUGACACAAAUGGUCACCUGUUUUUAAAAUAGAUUAUGUAAACUAUUCUUUAUUAUGCAGGAGCUGGUAAAUUAUGAAAAUGCAAAAUCUGAUUUGUAGAAACUUUUAUUAGCAAAUCAUAGUUGGCUUGAAAUGGUCAUUUGUAAUCAAUACAUUUUCUGCAAAUUGUUAAAGAGCUGGGGGACGUGUGCAGAGAAUGAAUGAAUUUUGGAGUGGGAGGGAACAAUGAGAGGGUUUUGUACUGUAGUUUCAAACUGAAAAUAUUCCAAUUUAUUUUGUAUCUAUAUAACAUCAUUUUUGCGUGAAAAGGAAUUUCUUAUUCCUGAGACGUAUCACUCCAUUAAAGCACUAGGAAGCUGGCAGAUCAGCACUUGUAGAGUUUUUCACUUGUGAUCACUACAGAUCUGCUUGUCUAGUAUGAAAAGUGCUUUAAGCACAGAAAUUUUUUAUUACUGAUGAGAUAUUAGUUCAUUGUGAGCCUUAAAUUAUUAAACAUUGUAGAUACACUUCUUUAUAAAUAACUUUAUUAAUCACCUUACAGUUUUAGAAUUUCUAAAUAUUCUGCCUCGUGCUUUCUGUCCUCCCCAAAAGAAGCACAUAUAUUAUAGUUUUAUAGUUUUGUUUUUGAGACUAAAAUAAAAAAUAAAAUAAUAAUAAUAAUAAAAAAAACGAAAAACUGCCUGCUCUUACUAGAUUUGAUCCAAGUGCACAACAGAUCAAAACCAUUAGGUAGUGAAUAGGUGUGACAGUAGUAACACAUGAAAGUAGAAUAUAUACUAUGUUUAUUCCACACUCUGGGUUAUUUUGGCACAUACAUCAGUCACCUUCACGUAUCUGUACAAUUUAUGUACCGAGCUCAUUGUUUUUUAAUUACCAUAGACUGGAAAUAGAUGGGAUCAACAGAGUCUGACAUGGCAUGCCUUGCUACUUAAAUAACCACUGUGUGGAUUAUACCUUGGACUUGGGCGGAAUGCAUCACCUUUCACCAAAACACAUCCUUCUUUUAUUUCCAAACCAAAUCUUUCCAGUGCAGUGGAUUUUACAGUUAAGAUAUUUUUGAAAGACUAAUGAUAAAUUACCUUCAUCCUGUUAAUUCAGCACUUUACAACUUACUAAUGAAGACUGACAAAAAGUUGCUUCCUUGAAUCAAGGAGUUGUGUGACUACAUUUCUUGGAAUGGACACUCUCUUUUCCCCUCAGUCUCUUGUUGUAUUGUUGAAGGAUGUUUCAUGCCUUUGUCAAGUUGAAUGGCACAGCAAGACUAGCAGAAAGAAAAGUCCUUCUUAUCAGUGCUCCAGGCCCUAAAUUCCAUUUGCUAUCUAUAGGUGUGGAAGGCAGUUGGCAUAACUCAGGACGAGGCACAGGUAAGACUGAAAAUGACCCACACUGCUCAAUAUGUAUGUAUGUCGUGUCUCUUGUCAGAUUUAAUAGCCAUUGAAUGAAGACUAACUUAAUCCUGAGAAGUUUGAACAAUACUUUACCUUUCCUAGCAGGAAAAUACACUGAUCAUCUGAAAUUUGGGCCAGAGAAAUGCCUGCUGCACUCUUUCUUGAUUUCAGUUGUGUUGGGCUACGAAGGCCUAAUCCUCUGCUAUUGAAUUAAAUUGAAAUGUAUGCACUGGCUUUAACAAAUGUAGAAUCAAGCGGCAUUGAUGCUACUUUCAGUAGGAGAUGGUAGGAAGAAUUGAUGCAGAUGGGACUUGUGGCUUUCCUUAAGAAAGUUAUCUGAGAAGUUUAAGUGACAAAGUGAUGUUUAAAGACAUUGUAUAACACCACGCUAAUAUUCAGUAUUUGAGAAUAUAGCUGGAAUAACAAUCUGUUCCAAGUUUUUACAGCCUGAAGUUUGUAUGUAUGGAUAGUCUGGAUAUUUUUCUCAAUGCCCUGUCUCUUUGGAAUCCAGCUAAGUUUUUGCCACGGAAAUUUCACAUCACUAAUUUCCAUAAUUCAAUUACAAUCUAUAUAAAGAACUAUUUCCUGUUUUUAAACUUUCUGCCACAUAUUUUACUGAAUGUUCCUGGCAUAUUUUAUAUCAGGGAACCCAGUCUUUCCUAGAACGGUCAGUUUGACUGUGUAUCGAGGCCCUGUAUCAUUGGCAUAUUUUCUGUAAGCAUUCUCAUAGGCUUUGAACUCCAGCACCUAAAGCUGUUCACAAGAUCCGUAAUGGGGCUAAUCUACUAAUUAAUGUGAAGACAACUUUACCUUUUUUGCUUCAUUUUCCUUUCCACAUGUAGCCUGACAUCUUUGUACCUUUGCUUGUCGCUUUCACAGUGAUCACAAGCUUUCAUUUAGCAGGUACCGAAGGCUACAUUUCUGGUUUUGUCAGGAACUGAAGCAGAGCACUGAGCCAAAGUGGUUGCUGUCAAGUUACAUAACUUUCUGGUUAGCUUCUCUUUGAACUGUAUGUAUAGACAUAUCUCAUGGUGCU